AUGGCGGCGACGAACGAUAGCUAUAGGGCAGAUGAGCCAGAUUGGCAAAGGGGAAAGCAGAGACCGCGAGCUUUUGCGCCUUUGAAUCCCAACAAGCAGGACCCCCACCAACGGCAGAAGUUGAGGGGGAUCAUCUUCGAUGUUGACGGAACUUUAUGUCUACCGCAGAACUACAUGUUCAAGGAGAUGCGAGCUGCACUGAAUAUUUCCAGAUCUGUGGAUAUCCUGGACCACAUUCACGACCUCUCAGACGUGCCUGAUUCCACUUCGUCAAACGCCGAGUCGCAGUCCUCUAUCAACCCAUCAGCCCCAUCAGAAGAGGUCUUGUCACACAGUACUUUGACCCCAGCUCCAGCUCCGACAUCACCCAGGGCACGAGCGGUGGCCAAGAUCCGCAACAUUGAGCGGACAGCAAUGACCUCCCAGCGGCCCCAGCCGGGUCUACAACAACUAAUGGCCUACCUCAGCAGUCGCGGAAUCCCCAAGGCUCUCUGCACCCGGAAUUUCCCUGCUCCUGUCCACCAUCUGCUGGACAAGUUCCUGGACGGAGAAGUCUUUGAGCCCAUCAUCACGAGAGAUUCCGAGGGCAUAGCUCCCAAACCGAGUCCUGAAGGGCUGUGGUCGAUAGCACACGCCUGGGGCCUGGACAAGGAUAUCGAUGCCAGCGGUGCUGACUUGCAACAAAGCGGAACAGUCGACGUGGACCCUUUAAACUUAGCCAAGCGUUACCUUGGCUCUGGUCUGAUCAUGGUUGGCGAUAGCAUAGACGACAUGACUGCAGGCCGAAGAGCAGGCGCCGCAACGGUGCUACUAGCUAAUGACGAAAAUGAGCAUUUGGCCGAGCAUGAGUGCACGGAUCUGAGUAUUAGACGUCUGGACGAGCUCAUAGAUGUUCUAGAAAAGGGGUUCCAGGCCCGCAAAUAG